CCAAGUGUAAGCAGUCAGGGAAGAAAAUUCUCAGCACUGCCUUUAGCACAUCGACAGAUCGUGAAAGGAUGUAUGGAUAAAGCAAAAGAUGACAUUGCGGAAAGGAUAUAUCGACGGAUCUACGAAAAACGUGAUGAUUUCCGGAAUUUUGUGGAUGCUCUUUCGGAUAUAACCGACGGAGCAGCAGUGCAACGUAUCUCCGAGGAUUUCGGUGCUCGGCAUGUGCAGUAUCGUUCUGUUGGCUUCCGGCCCGACUUCUUUGCGCUAACCGCUGAUGGCGUGACAACCGAAUGUGUUUUACUGGAUGCUGCUAUACAUCAGGCAUCUGAUGCGCUUGCUGCUUGGUUGGUUCCAUUCUUGUGUUGCUAG